AUGCAGGUCUCUCUGAGUCUCCUUCUGCUGGCCUGGACAGUGUCUGCAGCCACUCUGCUCUCUCCCACCCUCACCUCCAGAUAUGAUACAUCUGACCUCUGCCAGUUGCGGGAGCAGUUCAAUCUGCCUGGGAUGCACCAGGAUGGAGAUGUGAUCAUAGGAGGACUGUUUGAGAUACACAUCUUUGCUAUUUUUCCAGAGAUGUCUUUCAGGACAAAGCCAGAGAACCUCCAGUGUCAUGAGUUUAACGUGGACGGUUUCAAAAGAGCACUGACAAUGGUUUUUGCUGUGCAAGAAAUAAACAGAAACCCAAACCUGCUCCCUGACAUAAAGCUAGGCUAUCAAAUAUCUGACAAUUGCAUGAGGCUGGACGUGGCAUUCCGAGCUGCCACAGCUCUUGUCAGCGGAUCUGAAAAGUAUUUUUCCAUGCGGAAUUGCACUGGAUCGCCUCCUAUGUUAGGUAUUGUGGGGGAUCCUGUGUCCUCUCACUCAAUUGCCAUAUCCAGUGUACUGGGACUGUUCCGUGUUCCAAUGGUAAGCUUCUUUGCCACCUGUUCCUGCUUAAGUGAUAGACGGCGCUACCCCUCUUUUUUCAGGACUAUUCCCAGUGAUGCAUUCCAAGUGAGAGCUAUGAUACAGAUAUUGAAGCACUUCAGAUGGACAUGGGUGGGUCUCGUCUAUGAUGAUGAUGACUAUGGCCGCCAUGCUGCUAAGUCUUUCCAUGAGGAUGUCUCUGCAUUUGGUGGCUGUGUGGCAUUCUCAGAAGUGCUGCCCAAAGACCAUGAUAUUGUGGGGAUCAGAAAGAUCAUGCAGACAAUUCAGACAUCCACCUCUCGAGUGAUUGUGGUCUUUUCAACCGGGUCAAAUCUACAGCCCCUCAUGGAUGAAGUGAGGAAUUUCUGGCAGCAAAUGUUCAGUUGCAGGUUUGAGCCAGAGGAGGCCUCGGCAGUAUCUGAGGGAAGAGUGUGUACAGGAGACGAAGACCUGAGCAAAGCUGUUUUAACAUUCAGUGAUGUGUCUGACCUCAGACCCUCCUAUAAUGUCUAUAAAGCAGUCUAUGCCCUGGCACAUUCUCUCCACAACCUGAUAAGCUGUGUCCCUGGGCAAGGGCCCUUUGAAGGGAAUAGCUGUGCCAGUCUGCAUGAUAUGCAACCCUGGCAGUUGCUUCACUACCUACAGUCAGUGAACUACACAACAAGUUUUGGGGAUCACGUGUCUUUUGACGAGAAUGGCGAUGCCUUGGCCAUAUACGACAUCUUGAACUGGCAUGGGAUGCCAGAUGGAACAAUGAAGACCAGAACCGUGGGUGUUGUAGAUGAAUCGCGGCCAACUGGGAAAGUGCUCAGUAUAGAUGAGGACAAAAUCUUCUGGAAUUUUGAAUCAAAAAAACCUCCUAGGUCAGUGUGUAGUGAGUCCUGCCCCCCAGGAACUAGAAAAGCCAUAAAGGAAGGACGACCUGUCUGCUGCUUUGAUUGUAUACCUUGUGCUGAUGGAGAGAUCAGUAACACUACAGAUUCUCUUGAAUGUUUCAGAUGUCCAAAGGAGUUCUGGUCAAGUCUGGAUAAAGAUCAAUGUGUCCCCAAGGAGAUCGAGUUUCUCUCCUAUGAAGAGGCUUUGGGCAUCUCAUUGACAACAGUAUCUGUUCUUGGGGCGUGCAUUGCUGCUGUGGUCCUUACAAUAUUUGUUUACCACCGUCAUACUCCUGUAGUGAGAGCCAACAACUCUGAACUGAGCUUCCUGAUUCUGCUUUCACUAAAACUCUGUUUCCUGUGUGCACUGCUGUUCAUUGGUCAGCCCAGGCUAUGGACCUGUCAGCUCCGCCAUGCAGCAUUUGGUAUCAGCUUUGUACUCUGUGUCUCUAGCAUUCUGGUCAAGACAAUGGUUGUGAUUGCAGUUUUUAAGUCCUCAAGACCUGAAGGAAAAGGGGCCAUGAAGUGGUUUGGGGCACCCCAGCAAAGAGGCACUGUCCUCAUCCUAACCUCUCUCCAAGUGGCCAUCUGUGUGAUCUGGCUCUCCACUGCCUCUCCUACACCUCACAAAAACACUCACUACCAGAGCUCCAAGAUUGUGUUUGAAUGUGCAGUGGGCUCAGUGGCAGGGUUUGCUACAUUAUUGGGCUACAUAGGCCUUCUGGCAGCCAUCAGCUUUUUGUUAGCUUUCUUAGCAAGAAACCUCCCAGAUAAUUUCAAUGAGGCCAAGUUCAUUACCUUCAGCAUGCUCAUCUUCUGUGCUGUGUGGAUUGCUUUUGUUCCUGCCUAUGUCAGUUCCCCUGGUAAGUAUGCAGAUGCAGUGGAGAUCUUUGCAAUCCUGGCCUCCAGCUUUGGCCUUCUCAUGGCCAUUUUUGCUCCAAAGUGCUACAUAAUUCUCCUGCAUCCAGAGAGAAACACCAAAAAGGCACUCAUGGGCCGAGGCUCUACAUGA